UGUUUCUACGAAUUAAGUUGUAUUCACUGUUCUCAUCUCAGUAAACAAUCUUACUUCAAUGGAUAAAUCUUGGAUAAGCCUUGAAAAAAGGAAAUCCUUGAGAUACGAACGAGGAGCUUUGGGUUUUAUUGAGUUUGCCUCAAAGCAACAAACUAAAGAUGGAAAAAUCAAAUGUCCUUGUACGAUUUGUGGCAACGUAAUAGAGCUGUCUAAAGAAGAAGUGUUUGAUCAUAUCAUAUGCAAAGGAUUUCUUAGAGGUUAUGUUCAUUGGGUAUGGCAUGGUGAGGGUAUUGGAUCAUCUACUACAUCUAAGGGUGUCAGUCACAAACAGGAAGUGGGGUUCCAACACGACUUGCAUGGUUUGCUGAAUGAUGCAAAAGCCGAUAUGAAUGUUGAUCCGGUAGAUACAAGUACUGGGAUGAAAGAUGACCAUGGUAAAAGACGGCAGGGUAAAUAUGGAAGUAAAAACCUGAAAGGCUAUGUUCAACGUAAGAGAAUGAUAGCAAAAUCCAAGAAAACAGCUUCAUCGCCCAUCAAGACUGGACAACUCAGGGGGGACCAACUCCAAGAACUAAUGGAAAAGAUGGUAGAGGGCGUGGCUCAUCUCGUAUCAAUGUUCCAAGUACAAGCAAUGCAUGAUGCAACAAAUAGUGCCGGUCGAGCUGGAGGAAGGUAACUUGUAGAUAUCUGGUGGAUGUGGGAUUUAGUAGAUAAACCAUGAGUGAUUUUGGAGAAACUUUCUCAGCUGAACUUUCUCAACAUUAUAUGACAAUUUAAUGUUUUAAGCUAUUUUGUUGGAUAGUUUAAUUUGUCAUUGGUUGGUAUGUUGUGAUUUCUAGUUUUUCAUUUGGAUUUUGAUUUAUGUUUUUUUUAAAAAAAAAUUAAAAAUAAAAUUAACAAGUAUUA